AUGGUAUCAUUCCAAACCCCUCCGACCCCCCUGCACCCCUCCCCAUUCCAAUCCGGAGCCAUGGUCUACAGGCGACCCAGCCUCUGCAGGCGCCUGACCCCCUACCCGGAUCCGCACCCCGACACCGACACCGGCACCGGGUACAUGCCGAUCCCCGAGGGCUACGUCCUCGUGGACGGCGACGGCCAAACCGUGGCACUGGGGCUCACGCCGCGCCCGCGCAAGCGCGACUGUGUGCGGCAGAUCCUCACAAAAGCGCGGGCGCGGGCGCGGUCUGUUGUGCGGUAUUCGGGGAAAGUGAUCAAGUUUGCGGGGCGUGCUGGGUUAGUUAUUUGUGAGAUUGUCAAGGAGACGGGGGUUGUUGUCUGGGCGGUUUUGGUGGUUGUUGCUGAGGGGAUGUAA